AUGAGUUUGGAUUUCACGGUUCGUUUGUUGCGUGAGAACAACAAGAAAAGAUCGACGGUGUUCUCACCAGCCGCUCUUGGAUGUGCACUGGCCACCGUGCACUAUGGAGCUGAUGGAUGGACGCAGAGAGAGUUGAAUGAUAUUCUCUUUCGAGGCCAUUCUCCUUGUGAUGUCACCAAGUUCUACACUGACAUCGCCGUGGAGAUUUGCCAAGAGAAUCCGAACAUCAAAGCCAAGAUGAUGAAUCAUCUACUCUUGAGGAAAGAGUUUCAAGUGAACAAAAAAUGGCAGAGUGAAGUCGGUUCUCGAUUCGGGGCCACGGUUGAGACGGGAAACUUCAAGGCGGCUCAUGAGUUGGCUAGGGAGAUUGUGUCGGCUAGCAACUUUUCCACUCCGAAAAACCUGACCUCGAUUCUCAUCAAUUGUGCCUCAUUCAAGGGUCUCUGGCCAAGAGGGUACUACAAGCCGAGAUUUUUCGACUUCUACGGUGACAACGAAACGAGAAAGGUAUUGUUUCUUCAAAAGACGUUGAACAAUACGUUGUGCAACUUCUCGCAAGCCGGUGUUCAAGUUGUCGGGAUCUCGUUCAAAGAUUACAACUACAAGCUGUGGAUGUUCCUACCGGAUAAGCAAGAGUUUUGGAUUUCAUUGAAAGAGUGGAUCGAUUCGUUGAACGCGACUUACUUGGAGUAUCUCAUUGAGGGAGCCGAAUGGAAGGCUUGCCAUGUGAAGUUCCCCAAGUUCAAGACGGAGAACCACAUUCCGACAAAAAGGAAUCUCCAGAAUCUUAAAUUGAAUCAAAUCUUCACUGAACGGGCUCGUUUGGAGAAGAUCUGCCAUCCAUCGACGUACAUCACCGACAUUGUGCACAAAUGUCAUGUUGAGAUUGAUGAGGAGGGUGCAGAGCCGGUCGUUGUUCAGCAUCACGCUUACUCGGGCUCUCGUCUCACCAAUGUCCGGGUCAAUCCAUCAUGUGGUGGUGGUGGACCAAGAUGUUUACGUUACGAUCAAGAUGGACAAGGCCAAUUCAAUGAUCAUUCGAAAGAGAACAGUCCAACUCCAUUCAUCAAUUCUGACACAAAUGCGCCCAUCUUUGUGCCCCGGACAUUGACACCAGCAGCUUCAAAAGUCUCCAUGAAAGCCCCGAAAAUUCCGAUUGCACUGCUUGGGAACUGGGUGAACACUCAGCCAAAACCGGCUCAAAAUGGGACUACACCUCAGCCGACCAAGCCAUUCAAGUCCACCCAGCCAGUCCAAUCAUUUCAACCACAAAAAUCAAAACAACGCUUUGGCCCAUAUCGUCCUCCAAUUGAGGAGUUCAUCGCCGACCACCCAUUCAUGUACCUGAUCACUUUCCGUGAUAAGGUUCUGUUCACUGGUACAUAUUAU